GAUUCUGUUAAGGUACCGCAAUACCAUUAUACACAUGUACUAAUCUCGGAAAGUAUUCGCUCUACCGGUACUUAACGUAGAGUUGCUUUACACGAAUGCUACGAACACCCUCGCCACCUUGCCUCUGUAUCAGAAUGUCCUGCAGAGCAUUCUCUCACGAUAAGAACCCCGGAGAUCCGUUUGUUUCUUACGACAUUUCCAGACAAGUACCGCUGGAAAGUCUGCGCUCUCUCAAAUAUGAGACGUUUUUCAUAGAGGGACCAGAUUAUGUGCAACUCUCCCGGAAAAUUGCCCUAGACCUAGGCUUCUUACUCACUGCCGAGAAUUGCAAGGUAGUUUGGGACUUUACCGGUACUGGAAAUCAUACCAUCUUCGAUGAUAGAAGUAAAGUUUUGCCAAGCAAACCGAGAAAAUAUAUGGCUUCUCUCGACUUUCUCAUAGUCGUCGUUUCUGGGACACAUUGCGUUGACAUUGAAGAUCCAAUCUCGGGAUCCUGGAUACGUAUUGAGAGGGCUCCGGGGACGGUUCAGCUAGUACCUGCUGGUUCAUUAGGAUAUUUCGUUCCCUGUGUUCAUAAAUCAAUUGUGUUCGUGAAGGGGGCACAUUCUGAGUAUCAAUUAAUCGACGAAGAUAGCAUAGAGCCUGUCCUGCAUGGUGAUUAUCUGAGACGGAUCAGUGGUUUGUAGAUAAGCUUCGGGAGUAAUAUUGACUCACGAAGCGCGCGACGCCGCCUCGCAUCGACUCGUAUAAGCGUCGACAGCAAGAUGUCACCGCUCAAAUUGUACAUGUUUGCAUCUUGCCCUUUCCCUGAUGGAAUCCUGUGGGUUUUCUUUCCUUUCG